UCCACAAAGCCAUUCAGGGCCUGGAAAGGCUGCCUCUGUCCCCUCGAACCAGUCCGGCUCGCCGGCACUGCUAUGCAAAUCGGUCAGCGCUUUUGCAGGCGACAUCGGGACCUGGAUGUGCAGGAGCUGCCGGGUGCUCGCCGGGUCUGACAAGGGCUCCUCGCUCCGGGCCGGCUCAGAGGGGAGAGGCUGCGGUCCAGCAAGAAAUGGUUUCCCGGCCGUCCCCGUGUACAAAGCUGCAGGACGCCGCACGCCCCCUCCCAGGGACCGAGCCUCCCCCGGCCUCCAGCGCCGUCCGCCACGGCUGCCUCCGCAGGGCUGCAUGCAGCUGCGUGUUGGUGUCAUCAGCCCCGGAUCACUCCCCGGCCGGGAAGCCACCUUGAGACGUCCCCGAGGACCCCAAAGAUGUGCCGGUGGCUGGAGCGAAGGGGAAAAGGGACCAAAACCCACAAGGACCGGCCGCCUCAGUGCGCCCCGUGCCCCUGGCCCCGCGGAUAAUAGCGGGGCUGCGGGGGCGAUUUCACGGAGAUUAACCCCGCGCCUCGCGCCGGGGCUGCCGCUGCCCUCGACACCGCUCCCCGAGUGUAUCAAAGGCGGAUUACAGAUAUAUUAGCCCCGUG